AUAAACCUGUGACUACUAAAACCAAACACCAAUCUCUCACACUCUUUCAACUUUUCCAACAGCACACAAAGAAACUCCAAAUUUUUGACCAGAAAAAAAAAAAAUUAUAUUUGUGAUUUUUUGUCAGAACUUUUUCCCAUUAAUUUAUUUCAGACCCAAGAGAAGAGAUCUCUCACCGUUCAAUAUCAAGCAGUACUUUUUGCGUGACGUUGUUGAAUCUUGAGCACACAUACAUAUGGCUUGUAUGCUGAGCUGCUCUCACGGAGUCGUAAUCGCUACCGCCAUGGUUUUCUCAAGCACUGCUCUGUUUCUGGCGAUUUCCCGCCAAUUCUCUACCAACCAAACCUCAGAUCUCCAUGAUCAACAGAUCCUCCGUUCAUGUCUUUCUUCAGUGGAAAAAAAGAAACAGAGGAAGAAGGUGAAAUUUGCAGAGGAUGUGAAGGAGCCGAAAGGGAACGGUGAAGAGUAUCGCAAGAGAGAGCAUCUCCGGAGAAUCGUACCGGAACCGGUGAUUAAACCGGAGAAGACCGGUUCGGUUUGUAGAAACGACAUGCCUGCUAAUAGGAUGGCUCUGUACAAUGGGAUUCUUAGAGACAGAGAUCAUAGACUUCAGUGCUCCUAUUGACUUCUUUUUUUUUUUUACUUCUUAGUCAAGAAAAAUGCUGAAAAUAUUAUAAAAAAAUAGUUUUCUUUUAAUUUCGGGAGAAACAUGUCUGUAAGGCAGCAAUUAUUGUAGUAGCUCACUUUUUCCUAUUAGCGUUUCUCUGUGUAUUGUAUGUAAUUUUCUUCUAAAAACCAGUGUAAAUGAUUGAUGUAAACGAUUGAUAUCAAAAAUAGAGCUUUUUACUUUUUA